CUCGCUCGUUUAGCCCGCACCGUCGUACGAACGGAGAGCAAUCCGGAAAAAGAGAGCAGCAUGUGGCUUGUUUUGCUCGGAGUGCUCUUGGCUUUGCUGGUCAUCAAAAUCUCUCAGAUCAGUCAGUUUUGGAGGGACAGAGGCAUCCCCUACGAGCCAUACUGGCGGUACCUAUACCGCAUGAUAUGGGAGAUCAAUCGCCGACCCAUCGGAGAUGUGCAGCGUGAGCUCGUCAAGCGUUACGGUCCUAUGUAUGGCUCCUAUCAUGGGAGCAGACCGACGUUGGUGGUGACAGAUGUUGAGAUCGUCAAAGAGGUCUUCGUGAAGAAGUUCGAAAGUUUCUUCAGCCGAUCUUUCGAGUUCACCACCGGUGAGCCGCUGUGGGACAAUUCCAUCCUCCAAUUACCUAAAGAUGAAUGGAAAGCAGUUAGAACCAUCAUGGGCUACACUUUCACCACAUCGAAACUGCGAGGCAUGAUCUUGAAACUCGACGUGAUUUGUAAACGACUCCUGUCGAAACUCGACACGAUCAUCGACCAGGAAGGGACUCUGAGCAAGUACUUCAAUUCGUACGCCGUCGAUUCGAUUGCGGCAAUCGCGCUCGGGAUGGACGUCAACUCCAUAGACAAUCCCGAUUCAGAAUUCGUGAAGUGUUGCACGGGCAUCUUCAAACCCGGUGUAGCGUCGCUGCUUGCCCUCGUGGCUCCGCAGCUCCUCAGAUACGUUCCGUUCGUGCACUUCCCGCCGAAGAAGACCGUCGACUUCUUCACCAAGUUGAGCAAGCACGUAAUCGGAGAGAAAAAGAAAAAUCUCGACGAGGCUCUCAAGAACGGCACGGCUGACAUUCUCGAUCUCCACCUGCUCGCUCAACGCGAAGACCCGCAAACGAUUCUGACGGACGAGAUUCUGGCUUCUCAGGCUUUCAUUUUCAUUGUCGGUUUGGAUAACACCGUACUAACGUUGGAAUUGGCCACGUACUUCCUGACAGUUUUCCCCGAGGCCCAAGCGAGGGCUAUACGCGAAAUCAGAUCGGUGAUAGGGGACAAGUCGGACGUGGACUACGAAGACCUUCAGAAACUAAAAUUCGUCGACGCUUGCCUACGCGAAGCGCUGCGAAUCACUCCGAUGGGAGGGGUCAUCGACCGGGUUUGCAAUUCAGACACGGUUGUUGCAGGCCAGGAAAUUCACAAAGGAAUGUUGAUUGAGUUCAAUUUCCCGCAUAUGCACAACGACCCCAAGUAUUUCCCCGAGCCCGAGAAAUACAAGCCGGAAAGGUUCCUCAGAAACGAGGGAGACGGACCCCUGAGUGAGCUGGACGCUUUCAUGAUGUUCGGUCACGGACCGAAGAAUUGUGUCGGCAAACGAUUGGCUUUGAUGAAUAUGCAGAUUUUGCUGUCAAAUCUCUUGCUGAGAUUCAAACUAGAGAAAACCGAUAGGACACCGAAACUUCCGCUGAAAUUGAAGCCGGGUUUUCGGGGCAAUGACAUUACUGUCGAGCCCUUGAUGCUCAAGUUGGUACCAAGAGUCAAGGUGAACGACGCGUGAGGAUUAUAAUCCAACGAUUAUCCAUCCUUAUCCCUCGAGCCCCACGGUUCGUCGAUCAACCAACGGUGGCCAGGAUGUGCGGACAAAGCGUGAAAUACAACCGGUCCAGAGAUUUCAGAAGAGCUUACGAUGAGACGC